GUCGCGAGCACGAGUGGGGUGGGGCGUGCCCACGGCCCCCGCCCCCCGUCGCUCCCUCCUCCAUCCGCCCAGGCCACCGCAUCCCAGCCCUGGGUGCUCUGCGACCCCCGGGGCUGGCCAGGACGCCGUGGAGAGGGGCCGGGGAACAGGACUGGACUGUCCUCGGGAGGGAUCUGAGCCGCCCGGCCAAGGCUAGACGCGGGGUCUGGGUCACAGUCGCUGGGCCAUCAGCGCCGCAGAGAGCAGCAGGCUGGCCCGGGCCUCCCUGGUGACAGGCCCUGCGUGGCGUGGCGGGGAGAAAAGGACCCGAGACCAGCGAGGAAGAGGCCAGAGCCAGAGGGACAGGCGCCUCGCUCCCUCACCUGAACCCGGGGCACCGCCACCCCCUUCGUGAGAGAAGACAUUGCCUUCAGUGCAGUCCUAUGUGUGACAGCUGCCCAAGGGGUUCUCGGAGCCUGGAUUGUCACCCCCCACAAAUCCCCUAACAGAGGCCUCUAGGCCUUGGAGAGGGAGCCGGAGCUAGAAAGGAGGCCACAGCCCUCCUUGCCAGCCCUGGGGAGAGACAGUCAGAAGAGGAGGAGGACACUUCCCCAGUGCUCCCAGGCCCAGGAGCUGCCGGGCCAGCAACAGGGGGGACCUGGCCCCCCAGGCGACAGCGGCCAUGUCACGGCCAAGCCAGGGUGUGAUGGUGCCGGUGAACGGGCUGGGCUUCCCACCGCAGAACGUGGCCAGGGUGGUGGUGUGGGAGUGGCUGAAUGAGCACAGCCGCUGGAGGCCCUACACGGCCACCGUGUGUCACCACAUCGAGAACGUGCUCAAGGAAGAUGCCCGGGGCUCGGUGGUCUUGGGCCAGGUGGAUGCCCAGCUAGCCCCCUAUAUCAUCGACCUGCAAUCCAUGCACCAGUUCCGGCAGGACACAGGCACCAUGCGGCCGGUGCGCCGCAACUUCUACGACCCGUCGUCGGCUCCGGGCAAGGGCAUCGUGUGGGAGUGGGAGAACGACGGCGGCGCGUGGACGGCCUACGACAUGGACAUCUGCAUCACCAUCCAGAACGCCUACGAGAAGCAGCACCCGUGGCUCGACCUCUCUUCGCUCGGCUUCUGCUACCUCAUCUACUUCAACAGCAUGUCGCAGAUGAACCGCCAGACGCGCCGCCGCCGCCGCCUGCGCCGCCGCCUGGACCUGGCCUACCCGCUCACCGUCGGCUCCAUCCCCAAGUCGCAGUCGUGGCCCGUGGGCGCGAGCUCGGGUCAGCCCUGCUCGUGCCAGCAGUGCCUGCUGGUCAACAGCACGCGCGCCGCCUCCAACGCCAUCCUGGCCUCGCAGCGCAGAAAGGCGCCCGUGGCACCGCCCGCGGCCCCCGCGCCCCCGGCGCCCCCGCCGCCGCCCCUGCCGCCGCCUCCCGGAGGGCCUCCGGGCGUGCGCCCCAGCGCCACCUUCGCCAGUCCCGCGCUCUGGGCCGCUCCGGCCGUCGGCCCUGCGGAGCCCACGCCGAGCCCCGGGGGUCCUCCCCGGAGCCCGAGCGCCCCAAACGGCGCCCCCACCCCGGGUCAGAACAACCUCAACCGGCCGGGACCCCAGCGCGUCACCAGCUUGAGCGCACGCGCCUCCAUCCCGCCUGGGGUCCCCGCACUUCCAGUGAAGAACUUGAACGGUACUGGCCCGGUCCACCCGGCUCUGGCAGGGAUGACCGGGAUCCUGCUGUGCGCCGCGGGGCUGCCCGUGUGCCUGACGCGCGCCCCCAGGCCCAUCCUGCACCCGCCGCCCGUGAGCAAGAGCGACGUGAAGCCCGUGCCCGGCGUGCCCGGCGUGUGCCGCAAGACCAAAAAGAGACACCUGAAGAAAAGUAAGAACCCGGAAGACGUGGUCCGAAGGUACCUGCAGAAGGUGAAAAACCCACCUGAUGAGGACUGCACCAUCUGCAUGGAGCGGCUGGUCACAGCAUCGGGCUACGAAGGCGUGCUCCGGCACAAGGGCGUGCGGCCCGAACUCGUGGGCCGCCUGGGACGCUGUGGCCACAUGUACCACCUGCUGUGCCUCGUGGCCAUGUAUUCCAAUGGCAACAAGGAUGGCAGCCUUCAGUGCCCCACCUGCAAGGCCAUCUAUGGGGAGAAGACUGGCACGCAGCCACCGGGGAAGAUGGAGUUCCACCUUAUCCCACACUCGCUGCCAGGCUUCGCGGACACCCAGACUAUCCGAAUUGUCUACGACAUCCCCACGGGCAUUCAGGGCCCAGAGCAUCCCAACCCAGGCAAGAAGUUCACCGCCAGAGGCUUCCCGCGUCACUGCUAUCUGCCCAACAAUGAGAAGGGCCGGAAGGUGCUGAGGCUACUCAUCGCAGCCUGGGAGCGCAGACUCAUCUUUACCAUUGGCACAUCCAACACUACGGGCGAGUCGGACACCGUGGUGUGGAACGAAAUCCACCACAAGACGGAGUUCGGUUCCAACCUUACAGGCCACGGCUACCCGGAUGCCAGUUACCUAGACAAUGUGCUGGCUGAGCUCACGGCGCAGGGCGUAUCUGAGGCCUCAGCCAAGGCCUGAGCUGCCCACCUACCCUCCUGCUUUGUCCCUGGUCCGGCCCACAUCUCCCUCUGCCAGGCAGAAGGAGCCUGAAGCUAGAGAGGACCUACUGGUCACUGUUGGGAUGAUGGGAGAAUUACCAGGCCAGCCAGCUCUGACCCACAGCUCCCUAAGAGGACCAUAUAGAGAGGAAAGCAUGGUGAUCUCCUGCAGAAAAGACAGCGCCUGCCUCUCACACACACGUGUCCUGUUGAACACAUGCACGCACGUACACCCACGUGCCUCUAUUUUCUCUCCCACCUGGGGGAGAAGACACACAGAGAGACCCCCACAACUCCCCUGUGGGCCCCAUCCGUGUCUCCAUCGCAUUCAGACAGGCUUGUCCACUUGUAGGAUUUGGGUCAAGCACUGUGGUGGUGGGGGGGGGCAUCUGUGUGGCUCCCAAGGGACAGGGACUUGGGGAGCUCAGUCUGCCCCCCAUGCCUCACCCUCUACUCCCCAUGUCAACUCAGCCACCUGUCCACUGGGCACUGCGAGCCCCAUGGAGUGCAAACCUGAUUACUGAGUAGCUUUACGCAGGCCACUGGGGAUGAGGCUAUCUUACUUUGUGCUUGUUUGUGUCUUUGUCCUCCUAGGACCCCAACCUCCCCCUCCUGUCCCCAUCUCCAGACCUCUGUCUAUUGCAAAGCUGUUGUUCUCUCCUCCCUGCCCCUCCGCUCCAUCAAACCACACCUGACCUUGAGACCUAAAGGCUGUAUAGCUUCUGGCCUAAGGAAUGAGAGGAGGCCUCGGGCGAGCCAUCCUGCUGGAAAGGGAGAGUGGACAGCAAAGUGUUAACUUUCAUCUCCCUGGGAGUGGGCAGUAGGUGGCUGAUGUCUCUGGCCAACCAAGGGCUUGUUGCCCUGGCAACUCACCAGCUCCGCCCCUGAGGAUUGGCUGUCAUCGUGGAAGUCAGCCAGGAUUUAAAGGGACGUCAGCGAUUGCUCUUUUGAAAACCUACCAGUCCCACUGUGGGUGGAGAAAUAAACGCUCUUUCUCCUCCUCA